UUAUAAAAAGGUGUAAAAUUCUUUUAAAAUAGGAUAAAGAAUUUUAUAUUUAUGAUUUGGGUUAAAGACUGUUACAGAAACUUACUGUACAUGUUCUCUUUUGCUCUUGUUAUUAGCGUCAAUAUUUGGGGAAGAAGGGUGAAAAUGAAUGUACAUUUAGUUAAAUAAUGCCUAUUACUGGUAAAUUAAUAAUUACAUUAAUGUAAUUAUCCCUUUAUGGCUAUUGAAAAAGUUUGGUGAUAAAAUUUAUUAAUUAAUUUGAAUUUUAAAAUGUAUUUGGACUUAGACCUGUGACUUUAAAUACAAUUUUAUAAAGUAUGUGGUAAUUAAUAAAGUUUUAAUUGAUAAUUAGCAUUAUAGCUCAAUGAUGUCCUUCAUCAGGAUUUUUUGCCCAUGAAAGAGAGGGUCUGCAUGGAUUUUUUUCAACUCUAGACUUAGUUUAUUGCAGAUACAGUCUAGCUGAUUUUCACAGUUUCUCUGAUAUAUGGAGAUGAUUGCUUCUAUUCUUAUUGGUAGAGAGUAGAGACCUAGAAUAUAAGAUUUGUUUAUAACCAUUUAAAAAAAUAAACUUAAAUUUUAGAAUAGUUUCAGAUUUAUAGAUAAGUAAAGUUAGGGUAUUCAGAGUUUCUGAAUAGCCUUAGUUUUUACCCAAGUGUCUAUUAUUGGGUUCCUGGGCCCUAGGCUUUGGUGACUCUCUGGUAAGCCACAUGCUUUCAAUUAUCAGCUACCUUCUAUGACCCUAUCCAGGUUGACCUGGGAACCUUGCAGACUUUAUCCACAACCCUUGGCAACUGAGGGAGACUGGGGUGGCCUCUCUCAGGCCUUCUUCUAUAAGCCUAGAUCUGCUCUGCAACCAUUUCUGCUUUACUUUACUUUUAUUCUUUUUUUUUUUUUUUUUCUUUUUUUUUUUUUUGCGGUACGUGAGCCUCUCACUGUUGUGGCCUCUCCCGUUGCGGAGCACAGGCUCCGGGCGCGCAGGCUCAGCGGCCAUGGCUCACGGGCCCAGCCGCUCCGCGGCGUGUGGGAUCUUCCCGGACCGGGGCACAAACCCGUGUCCCCUGCAUCGGCAGGCGGACAGAUGCCCCUUCCCAGAAUUCUUGACAGGAGGCAGAACUACAAGUGCUCUCUGUCUGAGGAUUCUCAAAUUCAAAAUCCAUCACAUCCCCUGGGGCUUCAACCCCCACGAGGGGUCACGGAACCAAGCCCCAACUUUUUUCAUAAAAUCUCAUUCUCCUCUUCCAGUCCCUUCCCACAGGAGAAAGAAGGCAUGGAAGGAAAAUUGAGUCACAUUAUUACUCAUUCCUCUCACACUAUGGUUUAUAUGCUUGCUAUCCUCUAGGCUUUGCUAAUGAUACACAGUGCCAAGAUUUGAGAAUUUAAAAAGAGCUCUUUUCUCUCUCAAGAAUCUAACUCUUUCAAAAUAAUGGGCUUGGGCUUUCAGACUGUUGCUUCUCCUAUGUAUUUUCUAAAAAAUCCAUUCAGAAAUACAGUCUCCUGUGUUCUGCGCUGUAUCUGCUUUCUGUUCUAAGGCAGUGAAAGGCACUGACUAAAGUGGUGAAGGACUUGAGGCAACAAGAAAAAUGUGGCAAAGAAAAAUCUCUAUUGAUAUCUCAAAAUAAUACCCCUCUACCAUCAUAUUAUGAUGCAAUAUGGACCCAAUACUUCAAAUGAAUUUCAGUGUGGAGUUGGAUGGUUUUGGAAGACAAAAUGAUUUCAGUGCAAACGCUGGAAAGGCAGCUAAUGAUGCAGAAUGAAACGAGAGAAAGACAAAUGGCUAUGCAGAUUGCUUGGUCUCGGGAAUUCCUCAAAUAUUUUGGAACUUUUUUUGGCAUUGCAGCCGUCUCUUUAACAGCUGGAGCAAUUAAAAAGAAGAAGCCUGCCUUCCUCUUCCCUAUCGUUCCAUUAGGCUUUGUCCUUGCCUACCAGUAUGACAUGGGCUACGGGACCCUUAUACAAAGAAUGAAAGGUGAAGCUGAGAACAUACUGGAAACAGAAAAGAGUAAGUUGCAGCUGCCAAAAGGAAUGAUCACUUUUGAAAACCUUGAAAAGGCAAGAAGGGAACAGAGUAAAUUCUUCAUAGACAAAUGAAAUCAUGUUUACCCACCAAAUCUCAAAAUACAGAAUUGUUGACUUGAAUCAUGGCCUUUACAAUUUUUUAAAUGCUUGAGAUUUUGAUAUAAUGGUUUUUAUUUUAAAAUAAUAAAAUUUAAGAUGAACUUUGUUAAAUUAUUUUAAAAUAAAAUGUAUAACAUUCAACACAAAAUCAUGGAGGUACUCUACUUUCAGAUUUCCUCUAUAUGUGUGUGUAUCACAAACAUCUAAAUGUAAAAUUAAUAAACUAUAUUUUUUUGAGUUUCUGGAAGCAAAA